AUGUGCAUCUGUGCCGAGGCGUGCGAAUACAGGACACGACGACUCGACAAGAUCCGACACCACAUGAGUGUCCACGGCCGAAAGCCCAAAGAGCACUCUGACGCUACUCCCCUCUGGCGUGCUUGCAGGCUUCAGACCUAUUUUACAGCCAAGGGCAUCAUUGAUUAUUUCGAAGUCGACGACGCAGUGCCCAUUCACCCUCAGCAGACAGCACCGCUCGACCCAUCCUGCACGAUUUCCACUUUGGCAUCCACAUCCGCAUCCACCUCCACCCCAACGACAACUGAGGAUGGGCGGGCGGCCAUCUUUGAAGACGUGAAGGGCGAAAUCGAGGCGCAUUUUGAGCCGGCGCGGAGGGCGCAAGAUCCACUGCGCGCCAAUGCCCGCGCGGAUCGCGAGCCGUGGUUGGUAAACACGGGGUUUGGAGCGCAUCUGGACGGGUUGCUGGACGCCGAGAUCCGGUCUUCGUAUGGGCUGCCUUCGAGCGUGGAUGCAGAUCUGCUUCUGGUCGACGCUCCUGAGGACGCAAGCAACAGCGAUCUCAGCGCAUCCUCGUAG